UGACAAGGAUAGACUCCUCAUCCUCAUCAUCUCACAGUUACUGUACGAGCUUUACGAACACUUUUCAGUGACUGGAAACUUGUAUCAUUCUCGGCGAGGAUCGUGACACUGAAAGUUGCUGAACAUUGGAUUUAUUGUGGAGUUGCGCAUCUGGAGGUUCAUGUUUGAGACGCUCGAGACUCUGUAAAGUUCACCAAAAACGCGUCACAAUGUGUCAAAAGAGUGUGUUGUGCGUUUUGAGUGUAUUUGGGUUCUGCGCUCUGGCGUUGGGGGCUCGUGAAUGCGCACCGUGCGCGCUCCGCUCGUGUCCGCCCCUGAGCGCGCUCGGGUGCGGUUCUGGCCGGGUUCUGGCCCGUGACCCGUGCGGGUGCUGUGACCAGUGCUCUCGGCUGGAGCUCGAGCUGUGUGGAGGACCGGACUGGACUCUGGGUUACUGCGGAUCCGGACUCACCUGUGCCGCGCGCAACAGAACCGGACCCGCGCUCGUACCUGAGACAGGUGUCUGCAGAGUGAUACCCGAUGCGGUAGACUCAGACGAGGAGGAUGAGCGCUGCCCCCUGGUGGCCGGAUGUGAUCGCGUCGACGGACGGUGUGUGUGUGAGUCCAAACACUCCUGCAUCAGAACCUACAGCUAUCCCGACAGAGACGCCUGCGUGCAUGCUGGGAAAACAGGGUCUCGCCGGCACGAACACACACACAGGUUUGUGGGCCCCGUAAACCCGGAGUGUGUGUUUUCUGGCUGUAAUCUGACGGUCGACGGGUGUGUGUGUGCGUCUCAGAGCUGCUACGAUCACUUCACGUACGCCAACCGCAGUCAGUGCCAGCGGGCGGCAGUUCCCCCGCGGUGUGUUCGUGACGGGCAGGAGUUUGCGGAGGGCGAGGUGUAUCGCAUGGACUCGUGCUGGAGGUGUCAGUGUCGAGGAGGAGUGUCCUUCUGUUCCCGGGCCGAGUGUGCCGAGCCGGACUGCCAGAACUUCUACGUUCCCGAAGGAGAGUGUUGUCCCGUCUGUAUAGAUGUGGAGCUGCUGUCGGUGGAGAGCUCGAAGGCCAGCUGUUGGGUCAGUCACACACUGCGAGCGCACGAGGAACAGUGGAAGGAGGACGACUGCACGUUCUGCCAGUGUGUGGAUGGAGAACCGCACUGCACCGCCAUGGCCUGCAAACAGAGCUGCCAGAACCCGGUCAAGAUCCCCGGAGAGUGCUGUCCGUUCUGUGAGGAGCCGUCGUACGAGACUGUGAGUCCGCUGCUCUGCCCACCGCUGGAAAACUGCUCUCUCUCCGGGAACGAGUGUCCGUUCGGCUUCCAGCAAGAUCCCAGCGGGUGUUUGCUGUGCCAGUGUGUCAGCAAUGAAACCUGUCCGGAUGUGUCGUUGUACUGCUCUCUGGACUGUCCCCUGGGUUAUGAUAAGGACGUCUACGGUUGUGAAGUGUGUGAAUGUAGCGUGUCUGCACCAAAGUGCCGACCCAUGACCUGCAGCAAGACCUGCCCUUAUGGAUACGUGAGGAAUAAACACGGGUGUGAGAUGUGCCGGUGCGUCAGGUGUCCUCCGUUCACCUGCGAUAAACACUGUGUCGACGGAUACAAGAAGAGCAGAAAGGGCUGCAGCGUCUGUGUGUGCAAAGACACACACAGGAGUGUUCCCAGCACCGUCUCGUCCGUCACCGUCUCCUCCAGCUUCUGUCUGUUGGCCGGCGGCCGGCGCGUCGAGGAGGGACACGUGUGGCACGACGGGUGCCGGGACUGUUUCUGCCACGCCGGCCGAGAGAUGUGUGUGUUGAUCUCCUGCCCGGUGCCCUCCUGUGCCCAUCCGGUGCUCCGACCCGAGCAGUGCUGCCCCGGCUGUGAGGACGAGUCGGGCAGCGGGCAGCCGGAGGGAAUGGAUAUGGUGGUGUGUCGCGCUCCGGGUGGAGAGCUGUACGUGGAGGGAGACACGUGGAGUCUGGACGAGUGUACGCGCUGCACAUGCCGACAGGGACGAGUGCUGUGCGACGCUGAAGUGUGUCCUCCACUUCUCUGUCACGCUGCCGUCAAGAGCAAAGACACCUGCUGCUCCGUCUGCCCAGAGGACACCCUGGAGCCGGCACACAGCAGCGGUCAGGAGUGUGUGUCCAGCGGCGGAGAGGUCCUGCUGUCCGGAGACUCGUGGAGGAGCGACGCCUGCAGAAGCUGCACCUGCAGAGACGGAGCCGUCCAGUGCUUCUCCCAGACCUGUCCCGCUCUCUCCUGCAGAGUCCCUGUGCUGAGGAAGGGCCAGUGCUGUCCACAGUGCCUGGUCCUUAUCCUCCUGGAUCUGUCUGCUGAAUCAUCAGACCCUUCUGUCCACCCUCUCAUCACUGGAACUUACCUCCACUGGUUUGAGUCCUAUCUCACAGUACCUGCACGAAUCUCACGAAGCUGUCUGGCGGACAUCUCGGCAUGGAUGAAGGAACAUCACCUGCACCUCCCCACCUUCAUCCGGAAUGCAGAAUCCCUGUCAGCAUUUAAAAGACAACUGAAAACUCUUCUCUUCUGUGAGCACUUAACAUAA